UGCUAUAUCAUAUAUGGAAAUCAUUAUUGAGUUUUUGACCAAUUAAUUAUGAGAAUUGACUAACUUUCACUAUGGAGCAAAUCAAGUCCAGUGAAUCAUUUAUUUUUGUAGGUUCAUCUUUUAUGGCACCGUAUUCAUUUCUUAUUCCAUGAAUUUGACGGAGUAAUUUUGAUUUUCUUUUUCGAGUAAGAAUCUGGUCAAAUAUUCGAUGAACCUACAAAAAAUAUUAACCUUUAUAAAAAUGUAGAUUAACUAAGUGUUUCAUCACAAACCAUUUAAACGUAAACAAACUACUCUUGAAUUUACCCUCUCUUGAAGUCUCUAUGAUGAAUUACAUGAAGCUCUUGAUCAUCGCCGUGAUCAUCUCGGCGGCUUUGUUUCCAGCAUUGGUGGUCGGAUCUCGUCCGGUAAAAUGUAACAAUUGCAAUGACGGUGGAGAAAAAGAAAAGAUCAUGAAGAUGAAUUCAGGUAUGGAUGUGAACCAUAGGAUACUUCAAGCUAAGAGAUAUAUAAAUUACGAUGCAUUGAAGAAAAACAAACCAGCUAAACCAGAUGGUAAACCGGAUAAACCGGACAACAAAUACCGACGAGGUUGCACCGCCGCUACGGGAUGCUACCGCUUUACGAAUUAAACAUAAAGCCUAUCUCUCUCUCUUUUUCUUCUUUUCUUUGGUUAGUGUGUUUUAUUUUAUUUUUAAUUAGUGGAGUAUUUGCAAUCACAUUUCACAUUCACAAUUCUCAUUAUUAUUUUAAUUGCAAUUUGUAAGUCUUCCGAGGCAUUAGACUCUGAACCAGGGACAUCUCCUAGGGAAUUAGAAUAAACUUCGUUAAGAAUUUGUCUUCCUUUUUUUACCAAAUGAUUGACGAGUAAAAAAAGAUCACAUCGUAAAGUAUUUUUGCGGGCAAGUUCAAACAAAUUGAUCACCUCUCUCGGCCUAUAUUCAUUUUUUUUCUCUCUCUCUUAAACCAAUCGAUAUAUUUCCAAACCAAUCCUCCAAAAAAAAAAAAACCAAUGAUACACCUAUAAAAUUUCAACUUUAAAUAUAAUAAUAUAGUCUUGUUGUAAAUAUAAAAUAUACUUUAGAAGUGUACAUGCGAAAAUUCAGAUAUGUAAUCAACCUAUAAGUAUAAUUAAAUCAAGAAUAAUAUAGAUUUGAAUUACAUCGGAGUGGACAUGGGAUGCAUGUAGAUUACGGUGACUAGACAUUUUCAACUUUUUCACAACUUUAAAAAUAUCGACACUAUCUAAUUUAGUCAUUUAGAUUAUUCGAAAUACCCAUAUAUACAUAAUUUUAUACAAAUACCCCAAAAAGACAAUCUAUAAAAUCAUUAUCCAACCCAAAGUAAUAAAGUUUUGAUGACUUUUAAAAAUGUUUAGUUUUAAAAUUUGAAUAGAUUUUAGAU